CCCAGACACGAAGGAAGCUUGGCCGUAAACUAUCGGGAGAGGAAGUGGAAGCUCCCGCUCAUCCCAUCGCGCAGUAGAGAGAGGUAAGCACCACUGGACUCGCUGUCCUCUCGAGCCGCACACCUUCGCAGGACUCCGGACUCUGUACUGUACGUUCUGCAAUGGCUCUCGGCCACUGUCCGCCGACUUCAUUCACACAUCUUUCAGUGUCUGCGCUCGAAUGAAACGAACGGCACCAUGCCGGUGACCUUGCCUCGAUCGCGGUUCCAACGCCAGCUCGUGUCGCGGUCCACCAUCCGGAAGCUGAUUGCCGCCUUCAUCGUAUGGACCAUUGUCGAGGCUCAGCUCAUAUACUACCGAGUCGCCCAUGCCGAGCGAGACACCCAAGCCCAAGCUACGACGCUUCUCAAGCCGACCCGUGUGUACAUUGCGAGCCUGCACUGGAACAACGCUGCCAUCUUGCGCUCCGACUGGAACAAGGCGGUCGUGGACCUGACCAAGGCUCUGGGUGCUGACAAUGUCUUUGUCAGUGUCUACGAGAGCGGUAGCUGGGAUGAUUCCAAGGGUGUUCUCCGGGAGCUGGACCGCGACCUGGGCAGACUUGGGGUUCAGAGGCAGAUCACGCUCGACAAGGAAACGCAUCAAGACGCCAUAGACGCACCGCCAGCCGAACAUGGAUGGAUUACUGCCCCUAGUGGUGAAAAAAGGUUGAGGAGAAUACCUUACCUGGCUGGCAUGCGGAAUCUUUCCCUUCAACCACUGCUGAACAUGGCAGAGAACGGGACCACAUUCGACUACGUCUUGUUCUUGGGCGACGUGGUGUUCUCGGUUCCGGAUAUCGUGGCUCUGCUAAACACAAACGACGGCCAAUACGCUGCAGCGUGCUCGCUCGAUUUCAGCAAACCGCCUCGCUUCUACGACACCUUUGCCCUGCGAGAUUCAGGUGGUCAUGAAUACGCGACCCAGACCUGGCCGUACUUCCGGUCCUCCAACUCCAGAAAAGCGGUGCUCCGCGGUGCUCCCGUGCCAGUGUCGAGCUGUUGGAACGGAAUUGUCGCAAUGCACCCGUCUGUCUUUACUGGAGUCCAAGGCCUCAAGUUUCGGGGAAUCGACGACACACUGGCCGAAUACCAUCUGGAGGGCUCCGAGUGCUGUCUCAUCCAUGCGGACAACCCGGCGUCACGUACCAGGGGCGUCUUCCUUAACCCCAACGUCCGCGUGGGAUAUUCCAGAAAGGCGUACGAUGCAGUGCAUCCGCCAGGAGGCUGGCUUUCUCUGUCCCAAGUCUUUUCUGGUCUGUGGAAGAACAGGGUCGCAAGAUGGCUUACCACCCCUCUACUCAAAGAGUUGCAGGUUCGCUGGCGUAUUCGCAAGUGGGCGGAGAAAGCGGAAGGUCGCAAGGAACCUGGACCAUUUUGUCUCAUCAAUGAGAUGCAGGUCAUUGUGCACAACGGAUGGGCUCAUUUAUAGAUGGUAGGGGACUUCUUGGAUAGACAAAUACUGAUCAAUUUACGUUUCUG